CUCACUAUUUGCAGUAUGAACGUUUCUUAUAGUUGUCAUUUCUUGAGUGUUCAGGUAGACAGCCUCAAUCCUAGUUCGCUGCCUUCAUUUAUCGAAGGGCCUGUUAUUCUAGCAAUCAAAAAGGCCAAUGGAGAUGAGGAGGUUAAAGCUGCUGGUAGUAAUAUAGUAGGGGUUAUUCUAUCUCAAGAGCUGCCUCACUUAUCACAUCUUGGUGUUAGAGCCCGUCAGGAAAAGGUGGUUUUUGUGACAUGUGAAGAUGAGGAAGAAAUUGCUAAAUUUCAAGCACUCGAGGGAAAAUCUGUGAG